GAGAGACAAUGUUCAUCAUCUAUACUCUCUCUUACAUUUAAAGUGAACCCAACAACGCACAUGUGUUUUUCUCUCGUAUCAGUGUAUCAAGAAACUUCGAGAGCGCAAGAUCGUUUUAUUCCUCUCCUCUUGCAAUCUCACUCUCUCUCUCUCUCUCUCUCUCUCUCUCUCUCUCUCAUUCGUUUCUCUUCGUUUCGCCUCGUUAUUUUUCGCUACGAGAAGAUUUGCAAUAGUAUUGGUAUAGAUUUUAAUAUCAAUAGUAGUAGUAGUAGUAAUACUUUGAUGGAUAAAACUACGAAUUGUUGAAAUUCAUUAAAUUUGGUUUUCUUAUGUAAUAAUUCAUAUCUACACAUGUGUACUAUUGCAUAAUACUUCUUGAGAAUAUUUGUGUGUGUGUGUGUGUGUGUGUCAGUUCAUAUCUGGGAGUGUACAUCGUCAACAAAACAAGUACAAAAGAGAUGGAUAAGAAAACUGGAUAAUAUAUAUUUUUUUUUUUUUUUACAUUUGAUAAAUAUAACAAAUUAUUUUUAUUUUAUAACAAUCGACAAGAGAACAAUUUCGACGGACUAUUUAUCAAGAUGUUCGAAUCGGAUUUCAAUUCGAGGAUCGUGAUAACCUGCAGCAUUGCGGUAUUCCUAGGUAUCCUUUAUUGGAAUUUACGUAGUAACAGUUCUAUAGAAAAAUCAAAAAGAAAAAAUCCAUCCAAUAAGAGUAAUGGUGGUUGUGAACAAAAAUCUGAAACUAAUAAGACAAAUUUACAUGAAACUACGAGUAAUGAUGAUUGUGAAGAAAAAAUUCAGACAAAUUUAAACGAAACAAUUAACAAAGAUUGUGAUGACAAUUUACAAAUUCAAGUAAAAAAGAAGACAAGUGAGAUUAAUGUAGAAACUAAGUUAAAUAUUCCUAAAUUGAAAUGGGUUAAAGUGGGUCGUGUUGAGGAACUUUAUUAUUAUCCUUUGAAAUCAGGACGAGGAAAGACUAUAACGGAAUGUAAGUUUACGGAAUAUGGGAUAUCCGUGGAGGACGAAGGUCUACUUACACUUAGAGACAGAAUGUUUAUGGUCUACAACGAAGAGACAUUUAAAUUUCAAACUGCUAGACACUAUCCUACAAUGAUUCUAGUCAGUUUAUCUGCAGUAGAUCAGUACAAGGUAAAAUUAGAAGCUGUAGGAAUGCCUAGUGUCGUCUUUAGAGUACCAGAGAAAUCCGAAAAGAGCUCUGCAGCCAUUGCAUGCUCGAUGUGGUUUGGGGAACCAGUUAAGUGUAUCGAUUGUGGUCCGGAACCUGCUGAAUGGUUAUCGAGAUUUUUAACUGGAACAAAUUCUGGUUUACGUUUGGGUUAUUCGAUGCCAGAUCGAAGAGAAAUUACUAAAGGCACAUGGGAACGUUUUGCUAAAGUUUUCAAUACUAUGAGAGACGAAGACAGUGGUUUAUUCUCAGAUCUUACAAGUUACAUGUUAAUGACUUCAAAAUCUUUGGAUAAUUUAAACGAACGAUUGGAAACACCUGUUCCAACUUUACAAUUUCGUCCUAAUAUCGUUGUAUCCAAUGAUGAACCAUUUGUCGAAGAUAAUUGGGAAUGGAUUAAAAUUGGUGAUCGUGCAAUUAUUAGAAACGUCAAGCCUUGUCCAAGGUGUAAAAUGACCAGAAUUGAUCCAGAAACCGGUAAUGUUGCUAAAGAAGAACCAUUGAAGACUUUAUACUCUUUUCGAAAACAAACGGAUCCAGCAAAGAUUGCACUUGAUGGUCCAGCACCAUUAAUGGGAAUAUAUUGUGGAUUGUACAUCACUGGUCGUGUUAAAUUAAAAGAUGACGUAUUUGUUCACUUACCAGAAGAUACAGAAAAUUUCAAACUUUCCAAUGGUCAAGAAGUCGAAAUUUAAAAUGUGUUCAGUUUGAGAUCAAUGUUUUGAAAGCGUGCCUUUCUUAUUCGAUAGCAAAUUUGAUUCCACCUUGUUUGUGGUUGCUUUGUUGAAUCAAAAUAUGUCGAGUGUUCGUCAAAAUUAUAUAUUUAAUAGAAUCAAAAGUUCCUAAAUAUUCUGAUUGUAUAAUCAAACAAUUUAAUAAUGUAACAAAGUAUCUAACGAGAAAUAAAAGUUGAAACUUUGCAAACUUUUGGUCAAUGCAGAAAUAAAAAUAAACUAAAAAAAAAAAAAAAAACAAAAAAAAAUACAA